GCGUGGCAGGCGGGCGCAGCAGCGCCUCUCCAGCCCCUCCCAAAAAACACGAUGGCCACCGAAGCGGCAGUCACCGCGGAGGAGGAGGCGGACCUCGAGACGCUCGAUGUCGGGGAGGGCGAUGCGGGCGAGGAGGGCGUCGACGAGGAGCUCGAGGCGAUGAAGAAGAAGGUCAAGGAGAUGGAGGACGAGGCGGAAAAGCUCAACAAGAUCCAAAACGAGGUCGAGGAGCAGCUCAACGAGGGCGAGGGCGUCGAAACGAACGAGGCGGACGGGCGCUCGAUCUACAUCGGCAACGUCGAUUACUCGGUCACGCCCGAGGAGCUGCAGGAGCACUUUGCAGAGUGCGGCACCGUGAACCGUGUCACGAUCCUGUGCGACAAGUUCCGCAACCCGAAGGGGUACGCGUUUGUGGAGUUUGCCGAGGAGGCGGCGGUGGAGGCGGCGGUGGCGCUCAACGACACCGAGCUCAAGGGGCGGCAGAUCAAGGUGGUUGCCAAGCGGACCAACGUCCCCGGCAUGAAGGGCGGAAAGGGCGGCAAGGGCAAGGGGCGGGGGCGCGGCAAGGGGUACGGCAAGGGCAAGGGCUAUGGGGGGUACCGGCCGUUUUACCGGCCGCGCUACCGCGGGAGAGGCUACCGGCCCUACUAAGCCUCUCCUGCCGCCGCCACUGCUGCUGCCCCUGCCGCCUGCCUUCUCCUCUCUAGCUCCUCGCCGGCGCCGGCCCCUCCGCUGGACUGGCGCGAGGGCUGCGCGCGCCGCCGGUGCGUGUCGCUCGAGGCCCGCGGCGAGGCUGAGACACGCGACUUGCGCGGUCUGGCUAGGGCUCUGCGUGCGGGCUUUCUCGCGCGCAGCUCGAGAGCUUGCACAGUUGCACACAGCUGCUCUCUAAUUCGCUAUAUCUUGCUUGGCGUCCCGCGCCGCGCGCGCCCCACACUGAUCACACUGUCCCGCAUGUUCGGUCGCCUCUUCCGUGUUCUC